AUGAAAGCUCGCGAAUAUAUCUAUAAGAAAGGAAAUGAAGACGAGAAUAUUCUUGUUGACGUGUACUGGUCAGAAUUAUCCUUCAAACGUAGCAGUCCCAUUGCAAUUAUCUUCCAUGCCGGUGGUUUUGUUAAAUGGUCCAAAGAGGUCGUUCCAAAAUCCGAGAUCUCUACUCUGACAAAAUUCGGGUUCGUGGUAUUAACGCCAAACUACAGACUAUGUCCACAAAUAUCUGUCUACAAUGGACCGAUCACGGAUUCUCGGGACUGUUUGGUGUGGGCAGCCAACGAAUUCCCUGGAUUGUUGCAAAAUGAGCCAAUGGAAGUAGAUCCAACUCAAAUUGUUACCAUGGGACAUUCUGCAGGUGGAUAUACCCCGGAAGUCCCAGUCACAGCGAUUCUUGACUUCUAUGGCCUCAAAUACUUUUCCAAUCCAAUGUGGCGACUACCUAUUCUCGAAUUUGAAAAAUCAUCCUCCUGGCCACAAAAGUACAUCGACAAGAUCUACGAGGGGUACCAAGUUUCCGCAUCGGCGCGUUUCUUGGGGAGCGAUACUCUUCCUCCGAGAGAUGCAUGGCUCGCUACUUAUAUGAAACAGGGAACCUUGUUAGAUGAGAUAGUCAAGAAUGAAGAUAAGAGUUGUAUUGACGAUACGGCUCGGCUUUCGACCUCGUUUCCACGAACCAUGUUUAUUCAUGGUACAGCAGGUACAGUGACCCACCAUCGUUUUAGUGAACGGGCUCAUGAAGAAUUGAAUGGGUUGGGGGUCGUUACAGAUCUGUUGCUGGCAGAUGGUGAGGAGCAGGUGUUUGACUUGACCUUGGAAGAAGAUGACGUGACCUUUAUUAAGUACGUAUUACAAGGUUGA